AGAAAACCGGGGGCUGCCUCUCAGGAAAACGACCAAACGCUCCCUGAAAUGUUUAUUAUACCCAGUUUUGUGGUUAUGUUGUAACUGCGGCUCGCAGGAAGAAUACCUUAAACAAUAAACGUCCGAUUUGUAAAGGGGGAAAAAAAUGAACACGGUUAUCAGCCCCUCCUUGGUGUGAUUGUAAAGAUCAGCAUGCUUGACAAAACCGGUGACCAGCAGCAGGAGUCCAGGCUGUGCUCAGACUGUGGAUGCAGUUUCAACCCAUCACAUCUGGACUCUCACUCUGAUUCCACCUCAGCUAAACAGAAGCAGACAGACAACACAGACACUCCAUUCAAAUGCCCAUCCUGUGAGGCUGGAGGCAGUAGCAGUCCCUUUAAUGGCCGGCGGGGCCACCGGCGCAUUCGACUGGACCCUCACAGCUGUAGCGUAUGCAAUAAAACCUUCAUCUCAUCCGCUCACCUGAGCCUUCACCUCACUUCCCACAACAAGGAAAGGAAGUUCAGAUGUAACACCUGCGGCAAGUUCUUCCAUCAGGCCUCCCACCUGAUGGCUCACAAGGUAAUCCAUAGUGGUGAUAAACCAUUUAAAUGCCCAGAGUGUGGGAAGAACUUUGGGCGCGCUUCACACCUGAAGACCCACCGUCGGCUACACACUGGGGAGAAGCCUUUCAACUGCACCUACUGCAGCAAGUCGUUCACCCAGAAGGCUGGCCUCCUGGCACACAUUCGGCUCCAUACUGGGGAGAAGCCCUACAAAUGUGAGAACUGCGGCGAGAGCUUUCGCUUUAUGUCCAACUUGCUCUCCCACAAGGCUCAAGAGGCCUCCGGACAGGCCAAACCAGCGUUUGUUCCUGCUCCUGUUCCUGCACCGGCGCCUCCAGUCAGCCAGCCUCAGAGAGCCCAAAGCAACAUGGUGGAUCUUAAAUGUGGUGUCUGCUGCCGCACAUUUGUACGCUCGUCAUACAUCCGACUUCACAUACGGCUAAAAAAAGGCCAGCGACCUUAUCAUUGCAAAGUGUGCAACAAGACCUUCGUCAAGCUGGAAACGUUUGUGAACCACUGUGACAAACACUUGAGGCAGAAACAGGAAAAAAAUGGGGUUAAAUACGAAGUUGUUAAGCCUCCACUGUUUGUUCCGCUCUCCAGGCCUCCUUCUCCAGAGAGCGUACCUGCUCAGGAGUUGUCCUUGGAGAUGAACAUGCGCUCCAAAAUAAAAAUAGAGUGAGGUUAAAGACCGAGAUGCUUCAAAGCACUUCUGCAUCAGCACGCAGAUACAGCACAGAAGUAUCAACUUAUGGCAUUUCACAUAAAUGUUUACAAGUAAAAGAAAAUCAGAGAAAAUGGGCAGUAGUGGAAGAGAACAUAGUGGGAUAAAAACACUGGUGUCAGUGAAUUUAAGUGGAAAACAAACGUUGCUCAAGUAUAUCUGUCCCGCAUUCCUCUUAUUUUCUAAUCUAGUUUUUGCUGAUCUACAGCUAGAUAUGAGCAGAGCUUUCCAGUAAAAGCAAUCAGCUGAUAUACGAUCUGAUGGUUUGAUAACCAUGGUUAAAAAUGCAUGUGAAAAUGUAAAACAUGACCCAGUUUCUUUUAUUUCAAACAGUAAAGCAACAAUUAUCGUUAUUGCUGCUAAAGUAUUAUAACAGUGAUUACAAUUAUGCUAUUUAUACCAUAUUUAUUGUUAUUUUCAUUUUUGAAAAUAGGCUUAAGCAAAAAUAAGGCGUUGUGUUUGACCAAGUGGAACGUUAUUUUUUAGGGUGUUAUAUUUUUCAUUUUAGGUCCACUGUGGAGUUCAAAAGCAGGCUGUUUACAUUGAGUUUUACUCCUACAUUAGACGUGUUGGUGCCCUACCUUAAAUGAUCUCUGGACACAGAUCUCCCUCCACAGCAGAGAGCAGAAUGCAAAUACAAACAGUAAAAAAAUUUAAUAAAAUCUAUAAUUUAAUAGCAGUUGUGGUUUAAAAAGCUGAGUUAAGUCACUCCAAACUUUGUGGAUUGUCAAACCAGAGCAAAUUUUAAAUAAACGAGUGCAUGCAGGAAAAAAAAUGAAAGGAGUUUCAGCAGCAAUUAUUAGCAAUAACUCCGUAACCAAUAUAACAAUGUAACCUUAGAGCAAGAGUAAAGGACAGAGAAGCUCCAGUUGGACUACAGACACAUAUAUAUUUUACAGUUUUUACUCAGUACAUACAUAACACAGAAACUGAAAUAAAAUAUUUAACUCAAUGUAUGUAAUAAUUUAGAGAAUUAAUAAACCAAGCCUGCGCUAUGUGUCCCAAAGGAGCAUCAUAUAUAAACACACACAUGCAACAGCAGCUGUAGCCUGUCUGCUUCAUUUAGAAUUAAAAUCUAAGGUUGUGAUCCUUUUGGUUUGUAUCCUGGAACAUAGAGGCAUUAAAUUCCUAACAAAAUGGCUGUGAUGACAACAUUACCUCCCUUAUCAUUCAAUGACUUUCACAUUAGGGUUAGCUGAUUUAAAUCAUGUGUUCAUUGAAAUUAGCUACAGUGUAAAACACAGAUAUUCAACAUGUGUGGUGAAAUUUAAAUGAAUGUUGCACUAACAAAUACUGCCACUUACUGCUGUUUUACAAUUUAGAGUUACUAGAAAAUAUCAACUGUACAAAACAGAAAACUACCCAAAUUCCUGGGAAAAGUCCUUCUUGUGGAAACUUACUAAUAUUUAGAAUAAACACCUACUAAAUAUAAUGCUAGGUUGUUAGACUUUAUUGCUGUUCUCUUCUUUGUGAAGUAGCAAAAGCAAACCAAGCUUAAAUAAGCUGGUUAAAUAGUCAGGAUGUCUGCCCCUCAUAGGUUCCCAGCUGUAUUUCUGCAACAGUGUUACCUUAAUAAGAAUGAUGGGUGGUGCUUCUUUAGUUACCACACUACAACUUCUGUGUUUUUCACGACUGCAAAUAUUGUCUUGUAAACAACAGCGUAGGAGACCACCUUUAGCCAGCUGACCAGCAGUGCACAGCAACAGGUGUGUUUAUGUGUGUGGUGGAGGGUCCCUAAAAUAAUCUGAGACUUUAAACUAAAUGAAUAAUAUGAUGGUAUAUUUUAGAAGUUUUAUUGCUUUAAAAACUUUGGUGUACCUUGUAAUCGGUAAUCAGCUCAUUCCUCAUUAGUUUACUUUAGCAUGAAUAGCUGAUCUUUUGUCUUUAGGUGUUUAAAAGAAGUUUCAAAUAAUUUGAAAUCAGUUUAUUGGUAAGAAUAAGUGAAUAGGUUUCUUUUGUAAAGACUUGAUAAGUAUUAUAAACAUUAAAACAUUCUUCUUCUGUUGUACCUGAAAGAGUUUCUUGUUACACACCAUUUUCAAUCCAACUACUCCUUCAAUAAACCCUGUUUUUCUCCA